GGCUGGACCUCAGCUGUCAGAGCUGCCGAGGCUGCGACGGUACAGCGGCUGAACCUUGGCCGCGCCACAGCCGGGCCGGAGCGCAGGAGUCGACGGGGUCCGGCCGGGAUGGUGCUGCGGUGCUUCCGCGGCGCGCACACGCACUGAGUGGGCCCAAGCUGGGCCGCGCGCCCCCCGCGCCCCCCGCCGCCCCGAUCCCGGCCGGCAUGAUGUGCCUGGAAUGCGCCUCGGCGGCGGCGGGCGGCGCGGAGGAGGAGGAGGCGGACGCGGAGCGGCGGCGCCGGCGCCGGGGGGCGCAGCUAGGGGCUGGCGGUGGUGGUUGCUGCGGGGCGCGGGCAGCGGGUGCCGCUGGAGUCGCAGCCGCCGACGAUGAGGUUCAGACGCUGUCGGGCAGCGUGAGGCGAGCCCCGUCCGGACCUCCCAGCACCCCGAGCACCCCCAACUGCGCAGCCGCUGCCAAGGGCUCCGGCGCGCAGCAGCCCAAACCCGCCAGCUUGGGCCGCGGGCGAGGGGCAGCCGCCGCCAUCCUUAGCUUGGGCAACGUGCUCAACUACCUGGACAGGUACACCGUAGCAGGAGUCCUUCUAGACAUCCAGCAGCACUUUGGGGUCAAGGACCGAGGCGCUGGCUUGCUGCAGUCAGUGUUUAUCUGCAGCUUCAUGGUGGCUGCCCCCAUCUUUGGCUACCUGGGCGACCGCUUCAACAGGAAGGUGAUCCUCAGCUGCGGCAUUUUCUUCUGGUCGGCAGUCACCUUCUCCAGCUCCUUCAUUCCCCAGCAGCACUUCUGGCUGCUGGUCCUGUCCCGGGGGCUGGUGGGCAUCGGCGAGGCCAGCUAUUCCACCAUUGCACCCACCAUCAUUGGAGACCUCUUCACCAAGAACACACGCACGCUCAUGCUCUCUGUCUUCUACUUUGCCAUCCCACUGGGCAGCGGCCUGGGCUACAUCACCGGCUCCAGUGUGAAGCAGGCGGCUGGAGACUGGCACUGGGCCUUGCGGGUGUCCCCCAUCGUGGGCAUGAUCACAGGAACACUCAUCCUUGUCCUGGUCCCGGCCACUAAGAGAGGCCAUGCCGACCAGCUCGGGGGACAGCUCAAGGCACGGACGUCAUGGCUGCGUGACAUGAGGGCCCUGAUCCACAACCGCAGCUACGUCUUCUCCUCCCUGGCCACGUCGACCGUGUCCUUCGCCACAGGAGCCCUGGGCAUGUGGAUCCCACUCUACCUGUACCGCGCCCAAGUCGUGCAGAAGACGGUGGAGACAUGCAGCAGCCCUCCUUGUGGGGCCAAGGACAGUCUCAUCUUCGGGGCCAUCACCUGCUUUACGGGCUUUCUGGGUGUGGUCACGGGGGCAGGAGCCACACGCUGGUGCCGCCUGCGGACCCAGCGGGCUGACCCACUGGUGUGUGCUGUGGGUAUGCUGGGCUCUGCCAUCUUCAUCUGCCUCAUCUUCGUGGCCGCCAAGAGCAGCAUCGUGGGGGCCUAUAUCUGCAUCUUUGUCGGGGAGACGCUGCUGUUUUCUAAUUGGGCCAUCACUGCAGACAUCCUCAUGUAUGUGGUCAUCCCCACGAGACGGGCCACCGCUGUGGCCCUUCAGAGCUUCACCUCUCACCUGCUGGGGGAUGCCGGCAGCCCCUACCUCAUCGGCUAUAUCUCUGACCUGAUCCGCCAGAGCACCAAGGACUCCCCGCUCUGGGAGUUCCUGAGUCUGGGCUACGCUCUCAUGCUCUGCCCCUUCGUCGUGGUCCUGGGUGGCAUGUUCUUCCUUGCCACUGCUCUCUUCUUCCUCAGUGACCGGGCCAAGGCUGAGCAGCAGGUGAACGAGCUGGUGAUGCCACCUGCAUCCGUGAAGGUCUGAGGCGGUGCCUCUGGGACUAUGACGAAGCCUCGGUCCCACCUAAUCUGGGCGCCCUACAGCAUCUCAGCCCUGCUGGGCUGUCCAGCUUUCCACGUGACCUACGGCUGGGCGCACACCCACUCUGGUCUGGGACUGCAGAGUGGCCAUGGCUCCAAGAGACCAUGUCCUCAACGAACCUGGAAGGCUGUGUGUGCUGGGGCCGUGUGGUUGGACAGACCCCCACCCCUGGCUUUGGGCUGCAGGGCCCCUGGGGCCCAGGGAGAAGACAGCCCCCAUUGGGUGUGUGGAGCGAGCCUGGCCUGUCACCAGCGUAUGUGCCCCUGGGCGAUUCCCUGCCCUCUCCAGACCGUGGGGCCAGGGGGCUGGACUUUCCCACGCAGCUUGCCGGACAAGGCACUAUCUGCAGCUUUGAAGACCCACCAGCUCCUGGACUGCACAGAGAGGAGGUAGCCCAGGCCUCAGGGUGGCACUUCAGGCUCUGAGGCUCCCUGAAGAGCCUGGUGUGUGGGGGCCACAGCCUUUCAGCUGGGCCUCUGACCUUGGGGCCAUUAGAUUCAACCUGGCAGAGCCGCGCACCUGUCACUGGGCACUCCCAACCUGGCUAGUCCCUCUGGAGGGCACUUGUCUGCUGCCUUGGGCUGGCUCUCAGCCUGAAGCUCUCAGGUGGGGACCAUCCCAACAGGGAGCUGGCAUCACCAGGGGUGAAGGCCCUGAUGACUGCUACACACCACCCGUGCCCCGGGGCCUGAGAUGUCUGGAGAGCCUCUGUUCAUCUCGUCCCGGUUCCCACAGAAGCCAGGACUCCUAUGCCAGGCUGGGUCCUUCCCAGCGGCAGGGCCCAGACGACUAUUCCCAGAAUCCACGGGGCAGUAGCCAGGGCUCUGGCUGCCAUCCACUCAACUUCCUGACCCAGGGAACAGUCUGGGGGAGGCUGAGGUCCACUGAGACCAAUACCCCAGAGCCACCUCCACCUUGGCUGCUGCUGCUCACAUGCAUUUAUUUCCACAUAGCCCUGCUGCCCUUGGCCUCCGACCACCCCUGCAAUCCCAUCUGCACACAUGAACCCAUCCUCAUAGCCACACAGGGUGUAGCUGCCAACUCAACACAUACCUGGCCCCCAGCGUGGUUUCUCAUACCCCUCUGCCCCACAUACUCCCUUCCCUGCACAUUUGCUGGAAUCAAGGUGGUUCCCAUCUGGGGGCUGCUUGUGGCCAGUAGGAGCCCCUAAGAGCCAGCUUAGACAAUGCUCUUUGCCCUGUAGUUACUGGCUGGUGUGGCUUCCGUGGUGUGUAAGCUAGUGGAAUACCCACUCCCCACCAAGUUCUGGGGCACCCUGGGGGGGCCUAAACAGGGGGUGGGAUCCCCCAAAGACCAGCCUGGCCUCUACCCCAACCCCAACUGGGGCCCCAACAAUGUUUUCUUGUUGUACAAGAACCAGGUCCAAGUGUUGCCUCCUCUUCCUUCCGGAAGCCAAACUGCUCCUUUAUUUUUUAGAGCUGCUGAUUGUGAAUCUCGAGAGUCUUAAGAGAGAAGCCAAAUAUAUUCCUCUUGUAAAUGAAGAAAUAAACCUAUUUAAAUCAUG